ACGCGGCCUUGUUUACAUUCCUGAGGUGAUGGUGUCCGUGGCGGCGCGUGAUCAGCCGCUUCCUAUUUUGCUGAUCUGCAAGUACCUCCUGAGCCUCGUCCUCGGCCUGGGACUCCUGCUGACCUUGGUGCAGUCCGAGUUCGAGCUGCAGGCGUGUCUGAGGGCGCUGAGGAUCUACAGCUUGGCCGUGGUGGGCGUGCAAGUGGCGCUGCAGCGGGUGGUCCCUGAGGCCUCGGCGUUGCAUCAGGGAGGAGGCAGCGGCGAAGGAUACGGGUCUGCGGGAUUCGGCAAGGGGAAGGCCAGGAACAAGGCCGGGAAGCUUGUGGAUUUCUUCUUGGUGGUGAUUUUGAGUAUCUUCAGUGUAUGCCUCACGCACGUUGUAACUGUGCUGUACGGAGCUUAUUUGAUUGAGAACAUUGAGGAGACUUUCACAUUCAGCAUACUAGUUGCAUCUCUAGCAUUUGUGAGACCCCUUGUUACCCUCGGCCCUGGUGCUCUUGGUGUUAUUAUUGAGAGAGCAAGUUUUGAGGAAGAACCGGAACUCCAGUGUCUGUCAGCCCUCGUGGGAGCUUGGUUUGGUGCUCUGCCGAUUCCACUGGACUGGGACACACCUUGGCAGGUUUGGCCCUUGACUUGCUGCAUUGGGGCAGUAAUUGGUGAAGUUGGAGCCUCGGCUUACCUGCUGUCUAAGUUAUACAAGGUGGUGGACUUAAAGAAGAAUAAGUCAACUUAGUCAUUUCUUUCAGUCAGGUUAUUAUCAUUUUACAGUAAUAUCAUAGACAUUAUUUACUCUUGAGAAUUUAAGAUAAAAAGAAAUACUUAUUUAGUGAUUCACAGAUUGUUAGUAUGCUUUAAGAUUAUUUUGAUUCUUCUGCAAACCAUUUCCCAUGAACAGUGUGAGCAAAGAUUGCCAAGAGCUAAAGUCACUGUAUGACAACUGUUUCAAUCAGUGGUACAGUGAGAAGUUCCUACGAGGAGUGUUGGACGACUCCACAUGUGAGCCAGUGUUCAAGCAGUACCAAAGCUGUGUCCAAGAAGCACUAAAGAAGCUGAAAAUUGAGAUUCCCAAAAUUGAGGAAAUCCCUUCGGAAGAAAAGCCGAAGGAAUAGGCAGCUCGGGUUUGCUCCUUUUCAUUGGCAACAAAGGUGAACAAAGUAAUAUUGGUAAAAUGUUGAGUAUAAUUCGCAAAGCCUUUUCUAACUGGUAUCGACGCUAUGAACUGAACACAGCCUUGUACAUGCUUGAACCCAAUGAGAAAUUGGCUAUGAAUGUUUUCUUUCUGUCAAUAUUUGGACUCAUUACAUACUCCUCUUAUGCAUAUCUGCCUCACUAUACUUCAACAAUGUUGGCUUUCUUUGGCAUUAUUGACAUUGAGGAAGGAUCUUAAGUUCAAUUUUUCUUGUCUCAUAGGCGUCAAAAGUGUUGCUAUGUUGUAAGAUAUUCCAAAAGAGUCAUUAUUUUGUACUAGACAUUUAUGUGUUAUCUGAAUUUUUCUGAUUCCUUUGUGAAUGUGCUGUGUAUUGUUUACCAUUAUCUUUGCUGUUUUUAAAGAAAUUGUAUGAUUAUACUUUACUCGUACGGUUUGCUGUAGUAGAAAUCUUAGCUUUUUUUUUGUUUGAUUUUAUAAAAGUAACACUUUGACAAUGGCUUUGGAACCUAAGGCAGUACCAGUCUUAAGUGAACGUGAACAGAAGAAGUCUAUAAAAGGAAUGAAAAAAAAGGUUGUUGUAAAAAAUACACUAGAAAGUCCAUUUUCUCUUGAUUGGCCAGCAGUCAACGAUUCAUAUUAUGAUUCCAUAAGAAACCUACUACGAAAGAGUUGCUCUGGCCUGAAGGCCCCAAGUAAACCCCCGUGGAAGGAGUUACGGAAAUUCAAGAAAGAAGAAAGAAAAUGCUUCCUAGAAGAGUAUGAAAAGAAGAUUCUUGGAAAUAUUGAUGCAGAAGCAAGUCAGAAAAGUCAGGAAAGGAAGGAAGCUAUGUCACACUUGGUAAUGGGGUACAAUCAAGUCAUGAGGGCUUUGGAGAAGGAUGAGAUCGUUGCAGUCUUGGCCAAGAAAAAUGUUCAGCCAGGAUUUCUGAUCAAAACAUUCCUUCCUGGGUGUGCUAACAAGGGUAUACCACUUAUUGCACUUUAUGGCCUUGACAUAAUUCUCCAGAGUGAUGAGACGCUUGGCCUUAAACAUCAUUGUAUGGUCAUAGGACUAAGACCAUCGGUGAAAGAGGCUUCCUGUAGGUUUAAUCAGUUGUAUCUUGAAAUGUGUAAGGCUGUUCAACUUGAAGGUGACAUGGAAGAGGACGAUAAUAACAGUGGAAACGAAGUAGAUGAGGAUGAAGAUGAUGAAAUGGAAACCGAGGACAAGGAAAAUGUGGCCGUUACUCCAACCCAUUAUCCACUUACAGAAGAACAAAUUGAGUCCUAUCACUUGAAGCGAAGUAACAAAAAGGAGAGGGUAUUCAUUCCAGGACAAGGUGUAAGAGACCAGAAAAAGCAGAAAGUAAACCGUGAGUCUGACUUCCUAAGUUUUGGUACCCUUGAUGAUGACCUUCUAACAGAUGCAGAUGAACUGCAACUGAGCUUUAGACCCAAGAAAGAAAAGACAAAAACAUUUAGAGAGGAAAAGAAACCGCCACAGGAUUUACCUCCACCACAAGAAGUGAACUUUGAUAGCAUGUUCCUCAUUGACGAAGAAGGAGAUCAGUGUGAUCUACAGGAAUCAGAAGGCAAUGUUCUAGUAAAACCGGAAGAAGAGAUCGUUAUCAAAAAAGAAGCGAUAGAUGAAACUACAGAAGAAGAAAAUAGAAAGGAAGGUGUUGCAGAAAAAGGAAAAGAUCAACCAAAGAAGAAGAAAAAAAUAAAACAGGGUAAAAAGAAAGGGGAAGAGACCAAGUAUCAUCCAUAUGUCUCAGCAAAGAAGAAGAGAAUAAAGAACAAUCCAAAUAGAAAGCAAAAUUGAAGAUUAAGAGGUAAUACAGACAUAUCCAUGAUACAAGACAUGCUUUAUUAAAUAGAUCAUUGUAGUAAGAGAUUUUACACUUUUCACUUUUCUCUCUUUAUUUCUGUUGUUGUUUUCAUCUUCUAGAUUGAAAAAUUUUAUUUUAUGUGAAUCGAUUGAUUCUUGUACACAACACGGGGCAUUUAUAAAUUGUAGAGUUUUACAACAAGGAUGAUGAAAUAUUAUUAUUUUGUUGGGUCUUAGUGGCUAUGAUUUUCACAGUUCAGAAUUUGAUUUUCAGUCAUUUAUGGUAGACUUUAGUUGUGCUGUGAAGCUUAAAAAAUGAAGUCAUUACAAAAGAUCAUAAUUUUUCUGUUACGUUCCAAGAAGUUUUAUUCGUAGGUAAUAGAUUUACGUAUUAUAAGGUCAUUUUCUCUACUUUUGUGUAUUUGUAGCAAAUUUCUUAAUAAAGUAUGUGUUAUAGA